AUGGCGGUGGGCAGUAGGAAUUAUAUCGUGUGGGAAGAUCUAUCGGUGCAGGUUGCUGAUGCUUUUGGAGAAGCCAAUAAUAAGAAGAAGGCGCUUCUUCAUGCAGUCACAGGCUUCGCUCAGUCUGCUCGCCUCUUGGCUCUCUUGGGUCCUUCCGGCUCCGGCAAGACCACCCUCCUCCACUCUCUCGCGGGAACACUUGAUGCGAAUGCUUCAAUGACCGGCAAUAUUCUAAUCAAUGGAAAGAAGAGAAAGUGGCAUCACAGGGAGAUUUCUUAUGUUGCUCAAGAAGAGACCUUCCUAGGAACUUUGACGGUGAGAGAAACUCUCACGUACUCUGCGAAGAUGAGGUUGAUUUCAAAAAUGACAAAAGAAGAGAUAAGUAAGGUGGUUCAACAGACUAUAAUGGAAAUGGGACUUGAAGAUUGUGCUGAUAAUCAUAUUGGGAACUGGCAUUUGCGAGGAAUCAGUAAUGGGGAAAAGAAGAGGCUGGCCAUUGGCCUCGAGAUUCUGACGCAACCUAAUGUGUUAUUUCUCGAUGAGCCUACCACCGGACUUGACAGUGCCUCAGCUUUCUACGUAAUCCACUCCCUGAGACAGAUAGCUCAUGGUGGAAAAAUAAUCAUGUGUUCGAUUCACCAACCGAGUAAUGAAAUCUUUCACCUGUUUGAUGAUUUGCUUCUGCUCUCAGGUGGAGAAACUGUUUAUUUCGGCGAAGCAAAGAUGGCUUUAGAGUUUUUUGCUAAUGCAGGCUUCCCUUGUCCAACUACAAGAAACCCUCAGAUCACUUCCUUCUGCAACAUCAUCAAAUUCUGCAAUGGACUUGAAAACAUCAGAGAGUAG